UGUUUGUCAGAAAUUUUACUUCCGAAGGUAAGAAUCACCCCACGCGGACUCUGGAGAAAGUGACCGAGACUCUUGAAAAUGCCGCCGGUGGAUAGAAGGCGAAUUCGGGGCCCGGAGGAAUCCCACUCCCCUUAUCACUUUGCUACAGAGGAGUCGAUGAAAUGCCUGGGCACUGGAAACCGCCUGGUAGAUGACAGCCAACGUGGCCCUCUGGACAUGCGCCGGAUAUUUGCACGAUGCGGACUCAUCAGCCAAGCCAAGGGCUCUGCCUACAUUGAGGCAGGCAACAGCAAGCUCAUCUGCUCAGUGUACGGGCCCCGCGAGACUGAACGCAGGGAUGAAACUGACAUGAAAUCAGGCCGCCUGGUAACGGACAUGCGGUUUGCCCCAUUUGCCUGUCGCAAGAGAGGCGCCUGGGUCCAAGGUAACGAGGAGAAGGAUUUGUCUCAAGGCCUGCUGGAGAGCCUUCGGCCGGGUGUCUGCCUACACAAGUACCCCCGCUGUCAGAUUGACGUUUGCGUUAUGGUUCUAGAAAGCGACGGUCCUGCGCUUGCCCACGCUGUCACCUGUGCGUCCCUCGCUCUCGCCGAUGCUGGGAUAGAGAUGUACGAUCUGGUGCUUGGCUGCACCGUCAGGCACAUCGGAAACACUCAGCUCCUUGACCCUACAUUCGCAGAGGUGCAAGACGAUCAGAGUGGUGCCUCUGUAGACAGCCAGGGAACUGUGACCCUCUCACUCAUGCCCAAUAUGAAUCAGGUGUCUGGUUUGCAGUCGGACGGUGUUAUGGAGCAAGAGUCGAUAAAAGCAGCAGUCCAGGCGUGUAUUGAGGGUUGCUUCAAACUAUACCCUGCGAUUCAGCACACCCUUCUGAAGACGAUUCGAAAAAAGCCACCUCCAUCCGAGAACUGAAUGUAAUGGCAUUUGAUUUUUGUAUGUUUUUUAAUUUCUAUACAAACAUGUGCUUUCGUAUAAUAAAACAACACGUCAACAUAAUA